UUUUUUUCAGAAGCACUCAGAUUAACGGAGUUGCUAAGCGACCAGUCAACAGCAUAACAGAUUCGGACGGUAGCAGAUGCAGCAAUGUCUUCCAAUUUCUCAGCCAACCAGUACGAGGGCACCUUCGGAUCCAAGAGGCUUCUGAACUGGUGUCAGUCUAAAGACUUUAAAGAGCGACCCAGUGCACACGUGGGUCACACCUCCUUCAUUGUGAACAGCAGGGGUCAUCUGCACCCAGGGGUGAAGAAAGGCAUAACCUGGCCAGAUUUUAAGGGCACUUGGGAUUUACCGACUCGUAUCCCAGCCAACCACAUCGACCCAACUGCCCGUUCAAAGGACGGUCUCAGGAGACUCAAGUUGUGGGGAAUCUGCCCACCAGAGGAGGGGAAAUCCCAAUCAGGCASAGGCAGCAGRAACACAGAUGUUGACAAGAAGACCAGCGAGGACGCACCCCCGCCUGCUGAUGACCCGUCUAAAGAAGCUGAAGUCCGGUCGGAGUGUCAGAGCGGAGCUGAAGUCCGGUCGGAGUGUCAGAGCGGAGCUGAAGUCCGGUCGGAGUCUCAGAGCGGCUCCAUCGCUGGGAGUGGGAGCCAGGGCUCACAGAGACGUGAGCCUGGAUCUGCUGCUCAAGAAAACCUUCAAGCCACACAGAACGGCAAGCCAAUGAGUGCAACUGAAGAGAGUCAGGCUUUGAUAAGUAGAGUUGGCAGUGAAACCCAAGAGAUACCGGAGUCCAUAUUGGGAACACCACACAGAAUCAUAAGGUACAGUGCAGUGCGGCAACUGUAAUGAAUAAAGAGUAACAUUAGAAGCACGGCUUUCAGGGAGUCAGAGUACAACUUAUUGCAGACUAUUGGGGCAUUUGGAGUCCAAUACUUUUGGGAAUAUGUGAUGAUAAUGUACCUGACUUAAUCUGUUUGCAGAGUUUCUCUCUCUUUCUCUCUCUCUUUCUUCAAAUAAAGUGUGAUUAUUAAUACA